GCAACCUUUUUAAUUAAAUGUCUUGGUGCUCUAAAUUUGAAGUUUGUUUUGAAUUUUGCAUGGUUUCCAUAGUUACCGGUAUGUUUGUUGUACGAUUUGUCUGCUAAUUUCUAUGCAAUUUCACCUGUAAAAAUCGUCCCAAAUAUUUAGCUAAAUGUUUUCGGCCCCGGAAAAGCGCAGACAGUUGCGCCAAACGACCCUUUGCCGGGACGUACACACUGCCAAACAGCACGAAAACUAUCACAAAGAUUUUCAUCAAAUCCAGCGAAACGGUCAGCUCAGUCUCCAAAAGCGACAGCAAACAGCCAUCCAUCGAGAAAGGGAAACGGAAGCUCGCCGACGGGAUGCGCAGGAAAAGGAGGCAGCUCGACAGAAACAGUUGGUGGAAGAACAGGAACUAGCCACGCAGCUUCUCGAGGCUAACCGGCGUCGAAUAAACGAGGAAAAGUUCCGCCAGCAACUUCGCGAUUCGAGCCAAGAACUGAGAGAACUGGAAUCCAAACUGCGAGCUGCUUACGUAGCAAAAGGACUUGCUGCACAGAAAGCGGAACUAGAAGCGAAAAAGCUAGAGGAAAUGAUAGACGUUAAAAGGGAGCAGGAAGAGUUGGAACGACUACGGCUCAAGAAUGUGGACUACAUUCGGCAGUGUCAGGAGGAGGAGUUCCAGCGAAAGCAGGAACUGCGACAGGUCCUGCAAAACCAGAUGGAAACCAUGCACCGACAGAAGCUGAUCAAGUAUGAAGAAUUUCUACAGGAGAAAAUGUACUUGGACGAAAUAUGUAAGCGCAUACAGGAAGAGCAGUUUGAGGAAAUUCAACGGAAGUUUGAACUGCAGAAACGUACCCGCAAAGAAAUGGAAUAUUUCGCUGAAGCGAAGGCAGUUUGGCAGGAACGGCAAAAAUUGGCUUUGGCAGAGGAGAAUGAACGCAUUCGUCGGUACUUGGAAAAUCGGGAGAUGGAGCAGCAGGAAUUGAACAGGCGAAAGCUGCAGAGUGCGCAGUCUAGAGAGCGUUUGAACGAGAAGAUGGUCGCCAAACUACAGGCGGAGUUUGACGAAGCCCGCAAACGUGACAAUUUACUGCUAGAUCUUUACGCAGCCGAACUAGAAGAACGACAGGAGAACCGUAUCCAGCAGGACCUGGAACAACAGCUACGCCGACGAAUUGAAGCACGACUCGGUCUGGAACGGCAGUUAGUAGAAAUUCAGAGUCGCCGAGAACGGGAGGCCGAAGAAGAUCGCAAGUUUAAAGAAGACCAGCUUCGGCAAUGGGCCGAACGAGAUCGAAUCGAUCAGAUGACGACAGCAAAGCGAAAAUUGAUGAUCAUGGAGCAUCGGAGAGCGAUCGAAGAGCUGCUCGAGGAUCGAAGGCGACGGCGUGCGGAUGAGGUAAAGGAAAUGAUGGAACGGCAGACCAUGUUCGAACAGGAAGAAAAGCGUCGACAGAACAUCAUCGAAGAGGAGCGUAUUAAACUGCUGAAGGAGCAUGUAACUGCUUUGUUGGGUUUUUUGCCUCCGGGUGUACUUCGAGAAAGUGACAGGGAGCAUAUUCCGUUGCCAAAAGCUCAAUCGACAAAGAAGUAAGACGACGUUAUAGUAAAAUUUAUUGUGUGUAGUAAUAGGAAACUUUUAUUCUGAAAUACUCGAGAUGGACGUCGAUUGUCUGUAACCAAGGCAAUCUUCAAAAAUAAAAAUCACCUCAUUGAAA